AGCACUGGGAAGGAAACUCAGUUAUAAAAGAAGAAGGCAGUGGUGCUCAGUUGCUCUGUUUGAUUUCGAUAAUGCUAUCGUAUUAGGGGUUCAUGUUUUGUAGCCCAUAGUUUUAUUGUACACCUAUGGGCAAUCGUAGAGAAUAGACUAUUGGCGCAGAUAAGAAUAAAAAAAUUUUUUCCACCUUUUUAAUUCCUCCAGCGGCCAUUAGGUAGGUUAUUUACGUCUAUAUUUGCUGGUGCUCUUUUGCACAGCACUGACAGUAACAGUCUCUUUACUGUUAUUCUCUCUUCUUCAUUUAUCCUCUGCCUUCUCCGCUUUUCGUCACACUUUCCCCUCACACACACGCAGAGAGAGAGAGAGAGCGAGAGCGCGCAGCACGCAGUUGGUGGACUCAUUGCGGAGGGCAGAGCGCGAGAGAGCGUUAUCUCCGUGACACGGAAUUAAUAGCGUUUUCUAGCUUUACGAAGGUGUGUGCGCGCGUGCACCCUGUGUGUGUGUGUGUGUGUGUGUGUGUGUGCGCGCGCGUGUUUCUGGAAAUCUGAGGUUUUUGUUGCUGUUAUUUUGUAUACAAAGCCUAAUUUCUCCAGCUGAAAGCACGAGCUGAGAGGAAUGGUGUUCAGAGGCGCUCUCCAUGCGGGUUCCGUCCCAUACGUGCAGCGGAAUACCAAGCAAUAACGCAUUCUCAGAAAUUGAUGGAGGAAGAAAAAAACACCCCACACGUUUAGCUGAUUAUACAUCUUGAUUUAAGAGGGAAAACUAUACCAUUCACAAGCAGUUGGAUGAGAUUCAUAUUUGCCCUUGGCAACUGAAGAUGACGUUACUAUGGAAAUGGAUAGUGCUGCUAUCAGUCACUGACUGCCUUGCAGCUUAUGCAGAAGAUGCGCUGUUUCAUGGUCCAAGGUGGAGAACAGAGCCCAGUGACCUGAUUCUCCCUAUCUACUCUCCAAAGCAGGAGGCUAUCCUAGCAUGUGAGGCCUCAGGCAUUCCUCUUCCACAGUACAGAUGGUCUCUGAAUGGGACACUCAUUGAUCUCGACGGUGACGAAAGGCGUCAUGUGUCUGGAGGGAACCUGAUUAUCAACACACUGGAUCGAGACCAAGAUGCAGGCGUUUACCAGUGCUCUGCUGCCAACGCCCGAGGAAUUAUCCUGAGUCACAGAGCCACCGUACAGUUUGCAUAUCUAGAUAACUUCAAAACCCAGCCAAGAAAUGCUGUGAAUGUGAGGGAAGGCCAAGGUGUUGUUCUGUUAUGUGGAACCCCGAUGCAUUCUGGAGAACUUAGCUUUGCCUGGGUCUUCAAUGAGUACCCGAACUUUGUCCAGCAAGACAGCAGGCUCUUUGUGUCCCAGGAGACUGGAAACCUGUAUAUUGCAAAGGUGGAACCAACCGAUGUGGGCAACUACACGUGUGUCGUCAACAACAGCAUCACCAAGGAUAAAGUGCUCAGUUCACCUACUCCUCUGGUGCUGAGAACUGAUGGUGCAAUGGGAGAAUACGAGCCCAAAAUAGAAGUUCAUUUCCCAGACACCGUGCCUGCUGCAAAAGGAUCGUCUGUGAAACUAGAGUGCUUCGCCCUGGGGAACCCGGUUCCUAAAAUCAGCUGGAGAAGAACCAAUGAUGUGCCAUUCCCAAGUAAGGUCAAGCUAAGUAACUCCAAUGCUAUUCUGGAGAUUCCCAGAUUCCAGCAGGAGGACACAGGCACAUAUGAGUGUGUGGCAGAGAACAGUCGAGGAAAGAAUGCAGCAAGAGGCCGCCUCUCUUUUCAUGCCAAACCUCACUGGCUGCAGACCAUGACAGCCACAGCCUUGUCCAUUGAGGAGAACUUAUUCUGGGAGUGCAAAGCCAAUGGGAAACCCAAACCCUCAUACAGCUGGCUGAAGAAUGGAGAAACGCUUAUGUCUGAGGGCCGGGUGCUCAUAGAGAAUGGUGCUCUCACCAUCUCCUCAUUGACCCUUUCUGAUGGAGGGAUGUAUCAGUGUGUGGCAGAGAACAAACACGGCAUCAUUUAUGCCAGUGCCGAACUGGUGGUGCUAGCAUCACCACCCAGUUUUUCCGAGAGCCCCCUGAGGAGUGUGUUGAAAGUUCGUGCUGGCAGUGAGGUGACUUUGGAUUGCAGACCACAAGCUUCACCCAAAGCCAUCAGCUUGUGGAAGAGAGGGAACGAGAUGAUCCAGAAAAAUGAAAGAUUCUCUGUCUUUCCCAAUGGAACACUAAAGAUUGUCAAUGUGACUAAGCAAGACGGGGGCAUUUACACAUGCAUUGCCAGAAACCAGUUUGGCAGUGCAAGUACGGCAGGCCGCCUGCUGAUCACGGAGCCGAGCAGGAUCACACAAGGACCCAGCAGCAUGGAGAUUAUGGUGGGCGAGAGCAUCGUGCUGCCCUGCCAGGUAACUGUGGAUCCGGCACUGGACGUAAGCUUCUCCUGGGCCUUUAAUGGCCAGCUUAUCGACUUCGAGCACGACUCAGAGCACUUUGAGAGAGUUGGCGGAAAGUUUGCGGGGGACCUCAUGAUUCGAAAUAUUCAGCUUAACCAUGCUGGGAAGUAUGUCUGCAUUAUUGAUACAGAUGUGGAGAGCUUGUCUGUGGAUGCAGUCCUGGUUGUGGAAGGUCCACCCGGUCCCCCAGACAGCGUGAUGGUGGAGGAGAUUACAGAUAGCACAGCACAGCUCUCAUGGAGCCCUGGCAGAGACAAUGGGAGCCCAAUCACUGGCUAUGUCAUCCAGGCCAGAACACCCUUCACUGUGGGCUGGCAAGCUGUGGACACAGUUCCGGAGGUGAUCAAUGGCAACACACUGACUGCUACAGUGGUGGAUCUGAAUGCCUGGGUAGAAUACGAGUUCAGAGUGUUGGCCAGCAACAGUGUGGGAAUGGGAGAACCAAGCCCUCCCUCUUCUAAAACCAGGACUGAAGAUGCAAUUCCUGAUACAGCUCCCACUGAUGUAGGAGGAGGGGGAGGCACCAAGUCAGAAUUAGUGAUAACAUGGGAGCCAGUCCCAGAGGAGCUGCAGAAUGGAGAAGGCUUUGGUUACAUCAUCGCCUUCCGACCAAUGGGCACAGUCACCUGGACCCGGGCAGUGAUAUCCUCACCCAUUGUGGCACGAUAUGUUUUCCGCAAUGACACAAUACCACCUUUCUCGCCCUUUGACGUCAAAGUGGGUGCUUUUAAUAACCGUGGGGAAGGACCCUUCAGCUCCAUUGUCACUGUGUUCUCAGCAGAGGAAGUGCCGAGCAUAGCACCUGAGAGAGUUGUGGCUAGAAGCCUCUCGGCCUCCGACAUCGAAGUCAGCUGGGAAGCAGUACAGUCAAGUCCUGAGAGAGUGCUCGGCUAUGAGGUGGUGUACUGGGAAGACAACACUAAGCCGGAAACUGUAGGUAAAGUGAGAAUCAGCAACAACUCCACUGCGGUCAAUGUUAGCGGUCUUCAGGGCAACACGCUAUACUAUUUAGGUGUGUGUGCCUUCAAUACUGCAGGAAGCAGCCCUCAGUCUCUGCCUGUUAAUGCUACCACUAAGAAACCACCUCCUGGGCAGCCACCGCAAAAUGUGGAGUGGACUCUGAUAGGCUCGCAGCUCACACUGCAGUGGGACCCAGUCAUAGCUCUGGAUACUGAGUCUGAGGUCAUUGGAUAUGUGGUAAUAUACAGGCGCCACCACAAUAAUGAAAUAUACACAAUCACCACCAACAAAACCACAGUGGAGCUGACGCUCUCUCCCCAUGAUAACUAUGUCAUUCAGAUUAAGAGCCUGAGCAAGGGUGGCCUUGGAGAAGGAAGUGAACCCAUCCAUAUUCACCAACAUAGUAUGGGAGCACAAGGGUCUGGUAUAGGAAGACUAGACACCCUCACACUCUCUCAGCUCCUCAUAACUGCACUGGUGGCCCUUAACGCCUUCUGAAGGUUUUUCCCUUGUGAGCAGCAUCCCCACCUGACACCAAUCUCUUUCACUCGCUUUCACUUUCUGUCUCUUUCUCUCUCUCACACACACACAGAUACACACACUUCAUGCUCUUAACCCAUGCCUUGUUAUUGCCACCCAUCUCUUUCUGGCUUAAUAGGAUUGCCCCAUAUAUGCAUGUCACUGACACUGCAGGAUAUUGGAAUGUCAAACAAAUAAUGAAAGGAUUUGUCAAUAUGGAAACGUCAGAAUAACGCAGAAAAAUGAUCACCACUGCUAGAAUGACGAUUUAACUGUUGCGCAUGAUCAUACAGGAGACGACGGAUUUGAGUUGGAUGGCACAAAAUACUUUACAUUCUCUUUCUCUCUAUUUUUUUUUGGCUUCUUUUAUGUUAACCUCCUCCACAUUUUGGUUCUUGAAAGCAAUCAAUGCCUUAAGGCCAUUUACAUACCAAAGUAAACAACAAAAUAGAUCUGAGAGUGUUGUUUCAACCUCUAAUCUAAACACAGUUUUCAGGCAUCAGGGUCAUCUGUGGUUAUAUUCUACUAAGAAUAAUUUGAUUGUUCUCUUGAAAAUGUAAAUGUAUCUGGCUACAUUCUGAUGAGAUUUUGUUUUGUUCAAGGCAGAAAUGACAUGUAUUGUUAUGUGUGUGUGUGUGUGUGUGUGUGUGUGUGUGUGUGUGCGCGUA